UCUUUGAGAAUCCAUCAGCCUUCCCUAUGGCAUCUCCCAGCGCAACCAUCACGAUUAUCAUCGCUUCCGUCCUCCACCUGCUCAUCGGCGCAUGGGCCUCGCAGCAUGGCGUGACCGCCAUCUUUGCGUUUGGAGACUCUACUCUGGACCCAGGCAACAACAACCACAUUGGCACUCUGUUCGUGAGCAACCAUCUCCCGUACGGCCGGGAUUUCCCUGGGCACAUUCCCACUGGAAGGUUCACAAAUGGGAGGCUGGUUACUGACAUCCUAAUCUCCCAGUUGGGACUGAAGCAGUUCCUCCCAGCAUACCUCGACCCAACCCUGAAGGACGAGGACCUCUUGACUGGCGCCAGCUUUGCAUCUGCAGGAUCCGGCAUCGAUGAUGAGACUGCGGUGCUGGGGCACCUGUUGACCUUGGAAUCGCAAGUGCAUAACUUCAAGAUAGCCCUGAGGAGGAUCGAGCGACAAGUCGGGCCCCGGGAAGCCCAGCGGAUCGUCAACAACGCCCUGUUUGUUAUCAGCUCUGGGACCAACGACAUGUUGAACAACUUCUACUGGCUACCGGUUUCGCACAGGAAGCUGCAUUUCUCGCUCCCGCAGUACCACGACUUCUUGCUCGAGAGACUCGCACUUAUUAUUCAGGAUCUAUACAGCUUGGGAGCACGCAAGUUUUUAGUCGCAGGGAUGCCUCCAACUGGAUGCUUGCCGUUGCAGAUGACGGCAGGCAGCAUAUUCCCGUUAUUUGGUCCUCACACACUCCAGCGCAGGUGUGUCGAGCAACAGAACAGGGACUCGCAGGCCUACAACGGGAAGCUUCAAAUCCUGAUCUCGAAGUUGAGUUCCCAAAUGGAGGAAGCCAGAUUCGCCUAUGCUGACAUCUACAAGCCCCUGAUGGACAUUAUCCAAAACCCAUACGGAGAAGGUUUUGAUGUAUCGGCCGAGGGAUGCUGUGGGACCGGGCUGGUCGAGACUGGUCCGCUGUGCCUUGUGUUGACCCCGAAGUGCAUUGACCCGUCUCGCUAUGUGUUUUGGGAUUCCAUCCACCCAACUGAAGCUGCAUACUCUCGAAUCGCCGCAGAAAUCAUCAAGACCACGCUGCCAAAGCUCGUUUCCUAGAAGAACAUUUGAAUAGUCAUGAGGACAGAAUGAGAUUGAUUCAGCUGCAUAAUACAUAGAUAUACAUUAGCUAUAUGAACAUUUGAUGCUCAUACUAAGCACCUUCAGAUUUUCCUUUGUUUAAAUUUUUUGGUUGAGCUUUGGCUCUGCUGGUUUUUCUUUCCUUAUGGGUCUGGUACGUGAGAAAGUGGAUUCAGUGCAAGUCAUCCCCUUUGGCUAGUUUUACGUAAAUAUCUGCUUUGAAUAUAGAGAUGGUUUGCUUAUGUAGAUACAAUGGAAUUAAAUGAAAGAUCUUU